GGUGAUGAUGCGGCCCCCAGAAACCUAUGGACCUCCUUUCUCAAGACACCUGAAGCCCGCAAGCGCUCGGCAUUGUGCUCUCUUACUCGUCGAGUAGUCAUCCAGAUUGCCUCCAAUGUUCGGGAUGAUGCAGGGAAGAUCCGCAACCCGAAUGCGGCCGCCUCGGAGUCCUUCGACGUUGACUGGGGCACUGGGACGAUUUGGAAUGGAACUCACAAGAUCGCCAGCGCUACCCAUAGAAAAGAUGCCAAUCGCCAGGAUGACUUCAUGCAGCUUCGCCUAGGAUGGGUUGACAUCAGGGCGGUUGCGGCGCUCACCGGUGCAACUUGGGCCGACGUCACCUCGGCCUUUCAACAAGAGCCAUGA